AGGCGACGUAAGUCGUCGAGUCCAUUGACGCCAGCCUGGCGGCCUCCGACUAGUCCGAAAGGGAGAACUCGUCGGCGGAAGGUAGCACCUCCUUCACGGACUCACAGUGUGGAAGGGCUUCUGGAUUCUUCAGUGAACCGAGGAGUCAACUCUCCUCCAGAGGCGCCCUCACGGAGUCAGAGCACCGAAAGGAUAAUCGAUUCCCCACCUCCUCCCUCACGCACACACAGUUCUGACGCUCUGUUGGAGUCCACUCCAGUAUCCGAUGCGGUUACUGAACCACUGCUGGAGAAGUCUGCCAGCCUCGGUGAAGACCUAGACACCAUCUCCGACUCGGUUACCUCCAGUAGCGAUACCCUCAAGCGAAAACGGAACUUUAUGGACCGGUGUGUGAACAAGGUGCGGUCCCUGAUCAAGAAAUAAUUCAUAGCCGAUACCAGUGAGCAAAUUGUAAACACAAAGUGUUGUUCUCGAGAUCUCAUUCUUUAGUCCCCACAGGAUACUGACGUAUCAACCUGUAGUCGUUUCAAGAUAAGACAUGUUUUUGAUGUUUUAAUAAAACAGUUUUUACGAUAAUCAGAAUGAUUUGUACAUUUUACAUAAUAUUUUUUAUUUUCCUCCCUGGAAUGUCUAUAUGGUACAGGUUUCUUGCACAAACUGUAAAUAGAAUUUCAAAUGUAAUUAUUUACAUUACCCAUGAGAUCUUAUGUAGAGUUUUGUUUUGUCUAUGUGCCUUUGUAUACUGCUGUUGUGUCUUUGUUGCCUUUCAAGUGCAGCUAUCGUGUAUAUAUUGUUACAAAUGUUUUGUAUUAAGAUGAUUGUAUAGUGUUAUUGAGUCAGCCUCUUUACGGCUUUAGCAUCAUGUGAUUUUUACAUGGCAGUUAUGUUUAUUUUUAUAUAAUACUGUAGAGUUUUUUAUUAGUUCUCACUCUUGUUUGCCAAUUUAGAUUUUAAGUAGAACAUAAUAGUUGUAUGUGAUAAAUCCUGUAAUUUAGACCUGUGAAUUGUUUUAAUUUAUUGUGUUUAAAUUUCUUUUACAAAAUAAUAAAAUUAACAUAAUUGAAAAUAAAAUUAUUUUAGUAAGCUAA